UCUCUCUCUCUCUCUCUCUCUCUGAACAAGAGCCUGCAGCCAGAGUUAGAGGGAAAUCAAGCACGGCUCAAUCAUCGAAUCAUAGAGAACACAUACAGAAGAAGGAAAAGUGGAACCCUGGAAGCUGAUAUUGUAGGAAGGUUUGCAAGAAAACGGAUUUUGUUUUGAGAUAUAUGCAUGUGCAAGUGCAUAGGGAAAUUAACAAAAAAUAAGAUGACAUGGUGCAAUGACUCUGACGAGAAUAGGGUUAUUGAAUCAAUCACGCCAAGAAUAACUAUUACUCCUAACACUGAUGACAAAAAGCUCACCCAAGAAAUUAGAACCACAGCAUGCCCCUCGUGCGGCCAUAACAUUGCAUUCAAAGAUAAGGGUGGAAUCCAUGACUUGCCGGGGUUACCAGCUGGAGUUAAGUUUGACCCAAAUGACCAAGAAAUAUUAGAACAUUUGGAGGCAAAAGUUGCGUCUGAUGCAUGCAAGCUUCAUCCCCUAAUUGAUGAGUUCAUACCAACGCUCGAAGGCGAGAAUGGGAUCUGUUAUACACACCCAGAAAAACUACCAGGAGUUAGCAAAGAUGGGCAGAUCCGCCAUUUCUUUCACAGGCCCUCAAAAGCAUACACGACUGGAACAAGGAAAAGAAGAAAGGUUCACACUGAUGAUGAAGGAAUUGAAACAAGAUGGCACAAAACGGGAAAAACUAGAGCAGUUUUUGCAUCUGGUGGUGCAGUGAAAGGUUUUAAGAAAAUACUAGUACUCUACACCAACUAUGGAAGGCAAAAGAAGCCUGAGAAAACUUACUGGGUGAUGCAUCAAUACCAUCUUGGCAAUACUGAAGAAGAGAAAGAUGGAGAACUAGUUGUUUCAAAAGUCUUCUACCAAACACAACCUAGACAAUGUGUUAAUCCCAUUAUCAUAAAGGACCCGUACGAAAAAAUGUUGAAUGGUGGAAGUGUCCAAGACAGCACAAAUACAUCAAUAACUAAAACUACUGCAACUCUUUUGGAUUGCUACAAUGCUCCUUACAUAGAUUAUGAUCAUGCCCAUGCGAGUCAUAAUAGGGAAAGUUCCUCACAACUAAUAAUUCCCAGCUCGGUUGUUCAGGUUGAUGGCUCUUAUAUUCGCUCAACAAUGGAUGCAAAGAAAGCAAGAUUUGAAAGUAACACUGGGAAGAGCUUCUAGGUAGACAAGCAGUGACAAUGAUUUACAGCAUGUCCUCCAUAUUGUUUCCAUUACUAAUUGAGUAAUAGUAUUUAUAUGUGAAAUUAGACUGAAGGAAUUCCAAGGGUUGGAAAAAUAUAGGUUUUUCCUUGAAUUAUUGAGAUCAAUAUGGCGCAGGCAUGAUGGACUUUCCCAUAAUUGACCCUGGUUGAAGUUGAGAGACAAGCAAGAAGGUAUAUAUAUUUGCGGUACUGUAGUUUGAUUUUAAUUUUAGGGUACAUGUAUAUUCGUAAAAUGUGUUUAUACUUUAUAGAUAUUACAAUACGUGGUAGGGUUAUCGUUUAUUGACAACUCUUCAGAACUAUGUCAGUCUAUAUAUUAUGUUUUGUCUAGAAUUGAACUUUUCACCCCCUCAAUCCUGAAAAAAUUGCUGAGAUGUUUCAUUAUUAUUAUAUUAUACAUCUCAGCAACUUUGCUGGGAAGUUUCAAGUUUGUCCCUCUUGAUGUUUUUCCCCCUCUUUCCUUUGGUCGUUGAUACAAUAGAACCUUCUUUUUCUUUGAAAGGUUGAUUGUAAAAUAACGUCAAGAUCGUAGAAUUUUCUUA